GGAUGUCGCUGCACAGAGUACCGCAUACGUUCGGUUUCCGAUUCAGGAUUCCAUCGCACGCCAUACGUCAACGGCUUUGCCAGAACGUGGAAUAAGUCCUUGCGUGGAUCACAGUUCGCCGCCUAAUAAUACCAACAUGAAACAAAAAAAGCAGGCUGUGACAAACAAAAGUGAUAGUCCAGUUCCUAGGCAGUGGUGAUAAAAUGUCACAAGUAAUCAAAAGAUUUCAUCAAAGCAAAGCAAGCAGAUUAUUUUUCAAAGCGAUUUACUGAUUAUAAAUAUACUUUAAUUUUAUUGGGCCUUUCCUAAUGUAAAUCUGGAUUUAAAAAAGGUUGGAAACAGUGGCUUGGAAAUACUGAAAACAUGUCCGACGUCAGACAGUUUUGUUGUGACGACGAGACGGGCGAAGUCAUGACUUACCACGUCAAUGGCGAAACAGGGGAACCAAUUGUGGAGAAUAUUCGAACCAUGCAACCACGAAUAAGAUCAUCUCGCGUAAGAGCUCGACUCUCACGCAUCAGCCGCCCGCUCAAACCUGCGCGUUUCCCAAAGUUUUAUAUGGCCAAAACCAAGAAAUUUCAGCAUUUGAAAGCAAACAUACUGGCUGGUUCAAAUACAUUUAGUCAUAGAUUACUCUUAAUUCCAACAGUGGUAUUCUUUCCUGCUUUAGCGAGUGUUUUGCUUAUGAUACUGGAGAUAUAUCUUCAUGUGCAUUGCCACAAAAAAAACAAAAAGCUAACAGAUUCAACAAUGUAUUACCGUAGCCCAUUCCAUGUUGUUACCAGAACAUUUUGUGGAGUUUGUCGUGACUGCGAUGCUGCUUCUAAAGUAGGACAACUGCAAGAUCAAAGACGCAACCGUUAUGACUAUUUCCGUUCUAUAGCUAUUUAGUUAGCAGUUCUGGGUAUUCAAUAAUAGGUCUGAUUAAGUCUUGUGUCAGAGGUCAAAAAUUUCCCAUUAUAUUGUGAUUCAUGAAACAUUUUUUGCAGCUUUCUUUAAAUUGAGAGCUUCACAAAAGUGUUUAUUGUUUAAGAAACUAGAACAGAAAAUGUAAAACAAUAAUUAUUUAGUGCUCUUGAGGGUUCUUCAAAAGUUGGAAAAUCACUGUUCAUAUUAUUAUAAUGAGUUGAAAAUCCAUGAGGUUCUCAGCAAAUAUAAUGAUUUUGCAAGCCAAUAAAUUGCAUAAUUUAAUAGGCUUUAUAGCAUUGAAUGUAGCUAGUUCUAACCAGUUUAAAUACACAGGACUUCCUCUAUAUUGUAGUCAUCCCUAUUUUGUAGACAAUUUGAAAUAGGGAGGUGUUAUGAAUGUGCCUUCAUCUCUUAAUGUGAUCCAGUUUAAGAUCUAAACUGAUCUGCAUCAAGUUCAUACCAUUUAAUUUUAAUAGUAAUUCAAUUAAUUUUGGAAUAUGAAUUGCUUUGCAUUUAAAUCAUUUCAUAAAUUUUAAUGAUAGGCCUGCUGGCUUGAUAGAUGAUUCAUAUUUCGUCACACAACCUCGGCUUCAUCUGUAUUUUUAUAUAUAGGUAGAUAUAAAAAUAGGUACAGAUAGAUAGCAUUAUAGGCAUGUGUGAUUUAUAUUAAGGAAUGAAAUCUCAAAGUGUUUGAAUCAAGAAAAAAAAAUUAGUAAAUAAUUUUGAAACCACAUUAGACUUAGAAAUGGUAAAGGUGUGUUAAGACUUUAAGCUCUUAUGAUUAAUUGGUGCUAUUUUUAAUAAAAAAAAUAUGUAGUAAUAAAUUUUAGAAGUCCAAGAGUUGUGGUGCAUUUAAUGUUGUCAGUAUUUUGUAUAUUUUUGUUGUCAUGGAUGCUCUCUCCAAAAAAUUAAUUUGAGUCCUGUGCUCUAAAGCACCACAACUCUUGUUGAGAGAGCUCAUUUCAUAAAUUGUUAGCAAAAAAUAAAAUAUAAUCUGCCAAGUUGCUGGUUAGAUGAAGGAUUAUGUAGAUUUGGAUCAGAAUAAAUUAUAGGCUCUAAGUUUGUCGCAGGAUCGCAUUUUAAUGAAAAGCUCUAAUAUUUCACAAAUGCUCUCUUAACAAACCUAAAGAAAUAGUUAUAUUUUUUGUUAUUUGAAGUAUUGGUGAUGGCGAUUGACGACAUCGAUGGUCGAGGGUAAAUAUAGUAUUGUUAAAGGGUAUUAAGUUUUAAAUAGAUUCAUGGAUGAUAACAGUAAUAAAGAUUGCCAUUUGAUCAUUGUAAUGUUAUGUGCGCAUUUAUUAUUACGAAUAAAUUUUUCUUAAUUAAA